AAAGAGUAAAAAAUGAGGCAGACGAUUGAUGAUGGGAUCUACCUGUUAACGAUUUGUAAAGAUUGUUAUCACGAAUUAAUACUGAUUAAAAUGAGAAAAUCAUAAAUUUACUGGAUGUUCUUAGAAGGUUGAAAAUAGAAUGACAAAAUUAACUAUAUGAAGUAUGUCAGAAUUUCAGUCCAAAUACACUCUAAGUUUUCUGGAUCAAAGUACAUGUACAAGCAAACAAGUAAAUUCCUGUGAUGUAGAAGCCAUUCAGAAGAGAGAUCAAAUUUCCCAUGAAGAUGGCCUUCUUGAGGCAAAUACAUGUUCCAGAAAGGCUGAAGUUUUCACAGGAAAUUAUAAAAGUCCUGAUUUUUGCCAUUUCAACAGUGGACGGUCCAUAUUUAGUAAAGACAUCCCCAAAAAGCCAACUAUCAUCCUAUCAACUGCUGUUCAUUAUUCAAAGUCUUUCAGAAGUGCAAUUAAAGAUCCACAGAAUGCAAGCAGACAAAGGAUUGAUAUUGCAAGUGGCAUACAACAGCUGAAGAAUGGAGUAGCCUCUGAACUUCUGGAUUACUCCACUAGGAAGAAAAAUAAAUCCUGUACUUUUGCUGAGGUGCACAGAUCCUCAUCAUUAUCAUCAGCUCAACUAGAGAGUAGUGGAAUCACCCCAGAGACAAGUGAUCUGGAACAGAGUGGAGGAGCAUCAAAGACAACAAACAGCUUCUUCAGAAGCACCACUGGUACCAGUGGAUACAGCUGCUGGGGAGAGACCAGUUCUAGUGACUGGUCUGUGGGGAGGAAAAAGAACUUGUACCUGUCUGAAACCCCCCUACCUGGAGUGACAAUGACUCCUCAUACAAGUUUCCUUCCAGGAUCAAAUCUAUUUAAGACACCUUUAAACAUGAAACGGAAAGCUACAACCUCUUCAAGUAAAGGAAUGGCGUCCUCUUUCUUGGGAAGUUCAUCUUGCAAAUCUGUUGGUUCUACCUCUGUGCUGGGAUCUGGCCGUCAGAGAUCAUGUGACCCAAAGUCUACACCGCACACCCGGUCAGCUGCCAUCAACCCUAACUCAGCAGUCAUUGUGGCACUUGUAGAGGGACGUGGCAUGGCAAGAGGAGAGAUAGGAUUUGCCAGCAUUGAUCUGAGAUCCCCGACACUGAAUUUAUCUCAGUUUUCAGAUACUCAGACAUAUGUACAGACAAUUACAAAGCUGCAUAGAUGUCAGCCUGUAGAG